AUGGAGGCUAAGAAGAGAAGAGGCGUAAACAUUCCACAUGACAUUGUAGAAGAGAUUCUAGUGAAGGUUCCGGUGAAAUCACUAGUGAGAUUCAAAGCCGUGUCAAAAGAAUGGAGAGGAACCAUAGAAUCAAAGUUGUUCGUAGAUAAACACACCAGGUCUCAGAAAUAUCUAGCAGAAGGACAAGCGAGAAUCGUCAGGGUUAUAUCAUUGUAUGGUAGAACAAUACGCAAACGUCUCCCUCUAGAAAAUCUGGUGUUCAUGCCUACCAAUGGAAUCGUUCAUAGUUCUCCCUAUCGACUCAUUAGGCAUCUUCGCCUUCCUCCUCAAGGUUAUAAGAUCUGCGAGCCUUGUGACGGUUUGUUUUGCAUCUACACCAGUGAUUGUGAAUUUAGUCUUGUUAAUCCUGCCACCACUAGCCGUCGAAUACUCCCUGAUCCUGAUCCUGUUCAUGAUCCCUUUGAUGCCACCUUGCCGUGUACUUUGGUAGGGAUUGGAAGAGAGAAUACUGUGAGUCCAAGGUAUAAGCUAGUGUGGUUUUUCCAGGGUCAUAAGGAAGUAGUGAAUGACACUGCUAGGUGCAAGGUUUUUGCUCUUGACACUAAUACUUGGAGAGACGUUGAUCCGCCUAAUUGUCCAGUUUACUAUGACCAACCUAUAAUUCACUUGGAUGGAGUGCUUUAUUGCUUCAGCUUCGAAAUGAAAGAGAGCUUUAUUGUUCCAGAUUACAAUAAACAGUACGACGUCAAGCUACUAGCUUUUGAUCUUAGCACAGAGACGUUUCAAAGCUUUUCAGUUACUCCGGAUAUCGGGUUUACAACGAUACAUGAAUUAAGCAUUUGUGUUCUUAACCAUCGUCUAUGCAUCUUCAGGAAAAGGCGUUUUAUAAACAGAAACGACCUUUUCUUCAACAUCUGGGGUCUAGACAUAAACAAGAGAUCAUGGGAAAUUAUGUUUUCCAUAGAACUUUCUUGCUUCCCAGAAUUCGAAAGCAAGAUAAUCAUUCCGGUGGCAUCAAUCAACAAUUAUGUUAUCCUUUCAAAUGUUUCUCGUACCAUCUGGGUACUCUUUGGUUCCAAAACCCAUAUUUUGCGUAGCAACUUUUCUUAUGGUAAAUACUUUAUGUCUUUUUAUGAGACACUAGUCUCUGUUUACCAGUAA